AUGGCUCAGCAGCAAACAAAUCCCGAGGAGGUGGUCCUCGGACAGGAGGCCGGGGGCGCGAGGGUGAUCACUCUCAACCGCCCGCGCCAGCUCAAUGGCAUCUCCGACAGAGUGGUGUACCUCCUCGCGCAGUUCCUGGAGAAAUGGGAGAAGGAUGAGAACGCCAAAUUAGUCAUCUUUAAGGUUGCUCUUGUUAAUGGGCUUGUGAUGGGUGGUGGUGCUGCUAUGGUUGCGCCACUAAAGCUUGCAGUUGUCACAGAGAAAACAAUCUUUGCUACUCCUGAGGCUAGUGUUGGAUUGCACACAGAUUGUAGCUUUUCCUACAUCCAUUCUCGGCUCCCUGGAUAUUUAGGCGAGUAUCUGGCUUUAACUGGUGCUAGACUGAAUGCGAAGGAAAUGAUUUCUGCUGGUCUUGCUACUCAUUUUGUCAGUUCCGAAAAAUUGGAAGAACUUGAAAAACGUCUACUGAAUUUGGACACAGGUGAUGAGUCUGCAGUCCGAGCUGUUAUUGAAGAAUUUUCAACAGAUGUUCAACCUGAUGAAGAUAGUAUUUUGAACAAGCUUUCAACUAUCAACAAAUGCUUCUCUGCGGAGAUUAUUGAGGACAUCAUAAAGGCAUUUAUCAGAGAAGGUCGGAAACAGAGUUUGCCUGAAUGUUUGACUAAGGAAUUUAGGCUUACAAUUAAUAUACUGCGGUCUGUUGUUAAUGGGGAUGUUUAUGAGGGUAUUAGAGCUCUUAGCAUUGAUAAAGACAAUGCCCCUAAGUGGAAUCCCACUACCAUUGAGGAGGUGAAGAACGAGGACAUUGACCGUGUGUUCCAGCAGUUCAGUUCGGAGCAGGAGCUUCAGGUCCCAUCUGAUGAUUCCAACAGGUGGGCUGUGACUUACCUCAAAUCUCCGUCUCCCACAUCACUCAUGGAUCCUACCUAG